GUGAUAGCAAUUCAACACUAGGAACAAUAGCGGGAAUUCUAAACUGGCACGAGUGGUCUUGGCCCAAUAAUGAAGCCGAAAUAGAAUAUAUUUAUGCAAUGUCUUUGCCUGGAAUUGGCUCAUGGAAAAAAUUCACGCCUGCAAAUAUACAAAAAAAUUGUGAAAAAGUCAUAAAAUCAAAAAUUCAAGGUCAUAAAAAUUUAUUAUUUGGGUAUCAUGGGGUAUACUGUUUUGCAAAGCUUAUAUUAUCCGAAGAAAUGGUAUUAGGCUUGUCAAUUAUUUGGCUUAGAUUAAUCGAUAUCGGCUUGCAUAAAGCUGAUGUUGAAGUUAAAGAAUUAGAAGU